GUUGAUUCAGUCACUCACUCACAUCGUCUCCGGGGCUCUCACGUCGGUCUUUGUGGAGUGAAGAGCGCGCGGGCGAGAGGAGCAGCGACGUAAACACGAGCUUUUUUACACCUAACUCAAACACGGAUUUACCCCUGAGCUCCACGCUGAAAAUAAAACGCUCUAUAAUUCAAUGCAGACAGGACACGGCGACCUUAGUUUGACCCUGAGACAUGACAAAAAUCACGGCUUGAGAAGAAGAAGCAGGAGAAGAGGUCAGCGAGAGAGAGCGUGUGCGUGAGGAAUACAUGAAGCACGGGGCGGGGGAGGGGCGCCCACCUUAAGAGGAAGCACCACCGAGGAAGGGGUCAAAGUUCAUCCAGAAGUACUAUGAUUGAUGAGGAUUAAGAAGCGGAUUUGGACCUAAUAGGAAUACACAGUCACGAGCGACAGAACAGGCACACCGACCAGAGAAGAAGAGAAGAGAGAGAGAGGAAGAGAGAGAGAGAGAGAGCAGAGUGCAGAACUUUAAUGGCGUCCCGGUAGAGACUUGAAGAUGAACACGUUACCGUCCAUGGACCGGCACAUCCAGCAGACCAAUGACCGGCUGCAGUGUAUCAAACAGCACUUACAAAACCCGGCCAACUUCCACUCGGCGGCUACAGAGCUGUUAGACUGGUGUGGAGAUCCCCGGGCCUUCCAAAGACCUUUCGAGCAAAGUCUCAUGGGAUGUCUGACGGUGGUGAGCCGUGUGGCAGCUCAGCAAGGCUUCGAUUUGGACCUGGGUUACCGGUUGCUAGCCGUUUGUGCAGCUAACCGAGACAAAUUCACACCCAAGUCUGCAGCUCUGCUGUCGUCGUGGUGCGAGGAGCUGGGGCGUCUGCUCCUGCUGCGUCACCAGAAGAACCGCCAGAACGAGGCACCGGGAAAAGUGCCCAUGCAGCCGAGUCUGAGCAGCAUGAAGCCUGGACUCACACACAGUGAUGGGUCCUUUCCUUACGACUCUGUGCCCUGGCAACAAAACACUAACCAGCCUCCUGGGUCCCUGUCUGUGGUUACGACCGUGUGGGGUGUCACCAACACCACACAGAGCCAGGUUUUGGGGAAUCCGAUGGCAAACAGUAACAACACCAUGAACCCUGGCGGUAACCCUAUGGGCACGGGGAUGACGGGCAGUGGAGGUGGCAUGAACUCGCCUCAGUUUUCCGCGCAGCAGCAGCAGUAUUCAAACAAAGGAGGCUCCAACCAGCCCUAUUUGAAUCAGGGCAUGUACGGCCGGCCAGGCUACCCAGGAGGCCCCGGGGGGUACAGCGGCAGUUAUUCUGGAGGUCCAAACUCGGCUCCUGGAGGGAUGGGGAUGGCGUCUCACACUCGGCCUCCCGGUGACUUCACACAGCCGGCCGCCGCUGCUGCAGCUGCUGCUGUCGCCGCUGCUGCUGCCACUGCAACAGCUACGGCAACCGCCACCGUGGCAGCCCUGCAGGAGACCCAGAAUAAAGACAUGAAUCAAUACGGACAGAUGUGUUCUUCAUUUCAAAUGGGCCCCACACAAGCCUACAACAGUCAAUUCAUGAACCAGCCUGGUCCCAGAGCACCCCCUGGAGGCAUGGGCUCGGGCAUGAAUAAUCCCAACAUGAGUGGCCCUCCCAUGGGUAUGAACCCGGCCCGAGCACCUGGCAUGGGCCCCUUUGGGGGGCACGGCCAGCGGAUGCCCCAGCAGGGCUACCCCGGAGGUCCCAGACAGGGCAUGCCCAUGCAGGGCAUGAAGAGGCCGUACCCUGGAGAUGGAGGUUAUGGGGGUCAACAGUAUGGACCUAACAGUCAGUUCCCACCUCAGCAAGGCCAGUACGGCUCCUCCAAUGCCUCUAGACCACUGCCCUCCCCAAACUACCCCGGGCAGAGGAUGCCAGGGCAGCAGGGGCAAGGCCAGUACCCUCCUGGAGUGCCCAUGGGCCAGUACUACAAGCCUGAGCCUUUUAAUGGUCAGAGCAACAACUUCUCUGGAGGAGGUUACUCUUAUGGCCAAGGGAAUGGGCCCAGACCGGGUAACUACCCUCACUCUCCUGUUCCUGGGAACCCCACGCCCCCCAUGACCCCAGGAAGUAGUAUACCCCCAUAUCUGUCGCCCAACCAGGACGUCAAGCCCCCCUUCCCCCCUGACAUGAAACCAAAUAUGACAGCGCUUCCGCCCCCUCCAACUAAUCCCAAUGAAGAGCUGAGGCUGACGUUCCCAGUCCGGGAUGGGGUGGUGCUGGAGCCCUUCCGUCUGGAGCACAACCUGGCUGUCAGUAACCACGUCUUCCACCUCCGGCCCUCCGUCCACCAGACCCUCAUGUGGAGGUCAGACCUGGAGCUGCAGUUCAAGUGCUACCACCACGAGGACAGACAGAUGAACACGAACUGGCCGGCCUCCGUGCAGGUCAGUGUGAACGCCACGCCCCUCACCAUCGAGAGAGGGGACAACAAGACUUCCCAUAAGCCCCUGCACCUCAAGCACGUGUGCCAGCCCGGGAGGAACACCAUCCAGAUCACCGUCACCGCCUGCUGCUGCUCGCACCUGUUUGUGCUGCAGCUGGUCCAUAGGCCAUCUGUGCGCUCCGUCCUCCAGGGCCUCCUCAAGAAGAGACUGCUGCCCGCCGAGCACUGUAUCACCAAAAUUAAGAGGAACUUCAGCAGUGUAGCAGCGUCGGCGGGUAACACCACUCUGAACGGGGAGGAUGGAGUGGAGCAGACGGCCAUCAAAGUCUCCCUCAAGUGUCCCAUAACUUUCAGAAGAAUCCAGCUCCCAGCGCGAGGCCACGACUGCAAACAUGUCCAGUGUUUUGAUUUGGAGUCGUACCUUCAGCUCAACUGUGAGAGGGGGACGUGGAGGUGUCCUGUAUGCAAUAAAACAGCGUUACUAGAAGGAUUGGAGGUGGACCAGUACAUGUGGGGAAUCCUCAAUGCCAUUCAAAAUUCGGAGUUCGAGGAGGUGACCAUAGAUCCCACGUGUAGCUGGAGGCCGGUGCCCAUCAAAUCAGAGCUGCACAUUAAAGAGGACCCUGACGGACCCCUGGCCAAACGCUUCAAGACCAUGAGCCCCAGUCAGAUGACGAUGCCCAACGUGAUGGACAUGAUCGCUCAGCUGGGGCCCGGGCCUGGUCCUGGGGCUCAGGGUCCCAGUCCGUACCCACACCCAGGACAGCACGGCAGUGGCAAUGGAGGGGACUAUCCAGGACCAGGCAACAGUUACCACGGACAGGGUAACUUUGACUUCCCUCAUGGUAAUCCAUCUGGAGGAGUUGGAGGAGGAGGUCCCCCCAUGAACGACUUCAUGCAUGGACCUCAACUGUCCCACCCCCCUGAUGCCCCUGGGGGUCUGCUGCCCCAGGACAAGCCCCUCAGCCACGCCAUGAACGAGGCUAUGUCCCACCCCGAUCAGACCCAUAGCUCCAUGCAGCCGAGCUUGCAUGCAUCUCCGCACGCCGGCAGCCAAUCAGGGCAGCCCUUGCAUCACAGCGGCCAGUCAGGGCAGCCCUUGCAUCACAGCGGCCAAUCAUCGCAGCCUCCUCGCCAGUCGCAGCCGCCUCCUCCCGCGCAGCCCCCGCCUCCUCAGCAGCAGCAGCAGCCUGGCCCCAACAGUCACCCGCACGGCGAUCUGACCUUUAACCCCUCGUCAGAUGGAUCGCUGGGGCCUGGAGCCCAGGACAUGCCUGAGCCCUCCCUGGAUCUGCUUCCAGAGCUGGCCAACCCGGAUGAGCUCCUGUCAUACCUGGACCCCCCGGACCUCCCCACCAACAGCAAUGAUGACCUGCUCUCCCUCUUUGAGAACAAUUAGACUCACCCCACCCCCUCCAACCCGCCCCCUAUGCUCAUGCACACUUGCACUCACCAAGACCUCCACAACUGUAUGGCAUAGGAAUACAACUGGAGGGCUAUCAAGCAAAAAGACGCCUAUACGAACCGAACUGGGAGGCAGAUGUUGUAUUGCGCACUCCUCUUUUUCUAUCCAAAUGUACAAGAUUCAACGCACCAGUUCGUCACACCUGACUAUCUCUCUUUCUCUGGCCUUUUCGGCUCGCACUAAUGACAUAUUCUGUAAAUCUACAAUAUUUGUGACUAUAAAACCGUGCAGCUAUAAACACGUCUAAAAAGAAAAGACAACACGAAAGAGGGGGGAAAAAGUGUUGUAGCUUUUUUUAAAUCAUUUUGUGAAAAAGAGACGAUUUCAAGGGGAAAGUCGGAGCGUUUUUAUCUGAUUUCGAAAAAUGUGUUCUUCCAAAAUUCUUGGCACAUGCCGUGAUGUUUUUGACCCCAGCUUCCUGGCUUGUGCAUGAAUGUAAUGUGUGUGUGUGUGUGUGUGUAUGUAUGUGUGUGUUUGUGAGUUUGUGUGUGUGUGUGUGUAUGUUUGUAUGAAGUAUGAUUGAAUGGCUUUUUCCCAUAGACUGAAACUGGAAUUCCACCUCAUCUGACUCCGCGCACUGAAAGACCGGAAAGCCAAGUCGAGUAGACAUGAGGCGUGCUUGAGUUUUUGAAUGUUUUCUGUUUGAUUUUAUGUGUGAAAUUACGAGAAGAAAUCAUGUCUGAAGAAUGAAAAAUACUCACUUUUUAUUUACCAACAUGGCUGCAUAAACUAAGGUAUUUAUUGUCAGCUCUUCCUCGUCCACUUCCCCUAAUGUGCAUGUGUGCCAAUGUCCCUGUCCAGCUUAAAUGUGCUUCAACAAAUCAUAUUUAUUAUUUUAUCGCAAAUCCACUUUUUUAUUUGAUAUCUUUGUUUUAAUUUUUAUUGUUAUCUAUCUCCCCAUUCGGAUAUACUGUCCAUCACCAAAGCUGUCCUAUCCUACUUGUUGUAAAAGCUGGAUAACAACAUCUUUCUGACAACUUUUCCAAAAUGGCUGUAUUUUAUAGAUGUGUCCGUGUGGUCGUAUUGAUGUUGAUUUUUGUUACUGUUGAACUGUCUUUUAGGGAAAGAAAAAACAUCGUGCAUGAUCCAACAGUGUUUCCAGACCUGUUGUAUAUACCCAUGUGAAUAGCUUGUGUCUGUACAGUACUGGACCUUUCUAUUACUGCUACAUGGUACUGUCUAGGCCCUAUACACAUACACACACAGCACACACAGAAAUGUCCACUUGUGAAAUGAACCCACUGGCCUUCUGCUGUGUGCCCUGUCGCCACAAACAAUGCAGCAUUUCUUUUGUAUCAUUUUCUUUUAUAGGCAAUCAGAAGAAGAAUCAGAAUGCGCUGUCUUAGUCCAAAUUGUUGUUAAAGCAGCUGUAAGUUAAAUAGAAAUUUUUAUUCAAACAAUAAUAAUGCUUAAUUUUUGAUGACCACCCAUUGUAUUUAAAUGUGCUAACAUGUUCUUUACUCAAAAAUGUUCUAUUUUUAAUUACAUUUGAUUAUUUUUUUUUUAUAUAUCUUUAAGUUAUUUUCUGCCCUGCUUUUCUUGGUCUAAUUUGGAUCAGAAACAUGUGUGCAUUCUGAUGGUAAAAGCUAAGGACACUGUUGAAGGAUGUGUUGUUGUGUUGUUCUAUGUGGAGACAAAGCACUGCUGCGUGGAGGUGCCUGGUCCAUACACAGUGUCACUGUAAGCUUUCACUACAUCCUGUCUAUGAGCCCCAUCCCAGUCUGUACUGUCCCAUACAGGCAGCAUGGAGGAGUUGGGAAAUCAAAAGAGAAUGCAAUGCAUAUGCUAAAAUGAGUGAGGUUGGACUCUCCUGAGGGCGUGUGGGAGGCUUGGGGGGUAUCACAUCUGUGUAUAUAAUGUAAAUGACAAAUAGAGACACGUUAACAGAAAUGUAUUCAUUUUCUCCAGGAGGAGUGUGCAUAGUGUAUUUAGAAUUUGUAAAGCUUGCAUCCUCCUGUCACAUUGGAUUGGGAAAAUGAGUCUGUGUUUGUCUGUGCAGACCGCUAACACGCCUGUUCAUGUAUGUAAAAUACUUUAUGUACCCCUCCACAGGGUUUCUAAGAAAAAAACACUCUUGCUUUGUGUAAUAUUCAACUUCCGUGUAUUUCUCUAUGACCUGUGUACUUUAUAAAGGUGCUACUAAAGUAUCACAACCUUUUGAGGUCAAUUGGGACUUGGAGACACAAAGCCAUGGGAGGCUUUCUACAGCUGUUUCCAAAUUUACACUUUGUAAAACUUUGUCAAAUUUAUAAUUUUUAUGCGAUUUGGCAAAAUCUGCUAUAAAGGUACAAUCUGAAAUGAUUGGCACAACAGGUGGCAGUUGUCUCUUGGUUUUUGUACAUUCUAUGUACAAUCAUUUCAUAUUCUAAACUGGUCAGAACAUUGUGAUUUUUAGUGUUGCAAAUCUGUAUGUAGUUAGAUGAUGUGACAUCCUAAUAUUUAUCUAAUAAAUAUGUAUUCAGACGAAA